AUGGCUCCUGUCCUUUCAUCGACCCUGGAAGCCACCACCACUCUCUUCAAGCGAGAUGCCAACUCCCCAGCCAAUUACCCAGCAUACGUCCUCGCCAUCAUUGUUGGCUGCAUCGCCUUUGUUCUCCUCGGAUAUGGAAUCUGGUCAAUGUACCACGGACCAGAUGAAGCAGAGCACAAAGAGUUUGGUGCUGAGCAACGACAGUACAUGCGUCAAGUACGGGAACGCACGUUGAACCGUUUCGAGGCUGCUGCCCAUUGGCAUGACAAAAUCCUUGAUUCCCCGCGGAAAGUCAGAGUUUGA